AUGGCGCGCCGCAGCCCCCGCGCACCGUGCCUCGUCCUCCUCGUGUUCUUCGUCAUGCUCGUCGUCAACCCCGCGCGCGCCGCCUUCCCUUCUCUUCCGCGGCGGGCGCUGAUGUUUGCCGACACGCCGAGUCGCCACGGGUUGCGGGGUGUGCCGGCGGCGGCUUCCGCCGACGUUUCGCCUCCGCGGAGGGCGUUGAUUUCCGCCGCGAACGUCGACGGCGUCCCGGAGACGCUGUCCCCGCGCGUGCUUGAAGAGGCGAGCGCGGAUGGCGGAGACGAGAUGGCGGAAGGCGGAGAGGCAGAGAAUCUUGACGAGGGGAGGGUGCUUGCGUCAGAAGAGUCGGGGGAGGCGGAGGAGGGCGCGUGGGAGCGCGCAAGUGCUGUUGCGGAAGAGGCGGAAGACGGUGUGGCGGAAGGGGAGGGGGAAGCGGAGGUCGGAGAGCAGUUUGAAGAGGGCCGGCUUUUGGCGGAGGAAGAAGGAGAGGUGGGGGAUGCGGAGGCGGUAGAGGGGGAGAUGGGGGAUGCGGGGGAGGGGAUUGAGGAGGGGAGGGUGUUGGCGGAGGAAGUGGAGGGAGAGAAUGAGGAUGAGGAUGAGGGGGAGGUGGAGAUGCAGGGAGAGGGGAUUGAGGAGGGAAGGGUGCUUCAGGAGCAAGGAGAGUCCGAGGGGGUUGGUAAUCUAGAGGCAGAGGAGGAGGAAGAGAAUGAGGAGGGGGAGGAGGUUGAUGCGGGCAGGGUGCUGAUGGGGGACGACGGCGAGUCUGAGGAGGUUGGUGCUUUGGCGGGAGAGGAGGAAGAGGAGGAGGGGGAGAUGCAGGAGGGGAGGGCACUGGCGGACGAGGAGGGUGAAUGGGACGAGGAUGGUGAGGAGGAAGAGGAGGAGGAGAUGCCAGAGGGUGAGGAGAUCGAGAGUGAGGUGGAAGAGCAGUGGGCUGAGGAGGAGGGGAUAGUGGAUGUGGCUUAG